CAAAACCAACAAGAAUUAUCACAAGCCUGUACAUGACUAGCAGGAACACUGAAAAGGUAAAUCAAGUAUACACAGAAACUUUAACAAGGGGGAAAGGCAUAGACAAAGGGGAUGCCUAUAUUCGGAGAUGCCAGAAGUCGCUUUGAUAUAAGAUUUUAUCUUGUUUCCUUUUUAUUUAUUAUCUUUGAUCUCGAAGUCAACUUUUUCUUUCCUUGGGCAGUCUCCCCCAACAAGAUGGAUCUGUUUGGAUUUUGGUCCAUGAUGGUCUUUUUAUUGAUCUUAACGAUUGGAUUUCUCUAUGAAUGGAAAAGGGGUGCUUUGGAUUGGGAAUUAGCCCUGUCUUGGGGAAUAAGAUCGAUUUAUAUAGGAUUUUUACAACUUUUCAUUAUUUUAAGUUUUACUAUUUUUCGCCCUUUCUUUCGAAAGCAUAAAAGAUGAUGUUGAGGAGGAAGAGAACGAUAAGCCAAAGGAGGAAGAGGAAGAGGACGAUAAGCCAAAGGAGGAAGAUGAGGAGAAGAGAAACAUGCUUAAGGCUUGACUCUUAGCUAAGGAAAGAAAGACUGUCAUAAACAAAUGAAAUUUAGGAGAAAAAGACAGCAACCCACUGGAGAUGUUGAAUCCACAAGAAUGUGUUAAUUUCUUACAGGAUCUGAAUAAAAGCCUCAUAAAGGAGAAGGCAACAUGCUUUUAGAAUAUUAAGAUUCUACUCAUAUAAGCAUUGUGUAGAUUAGGUUGACCUCCCCUGAGGUUACUCACAAUUUCAGAUACCACCCAUAUGAAAUGACUUUGACCCCGCUGCUGCUUCACUUGUGGGUUUAAACUACCCCUUGGUCCCCUUCUUUAAGUUGAAGUCAAGGAGGUGAGCAGAGAUUCCGGUGUGGUGGUUUUGGGGUUUGCAGGGAUAAGUGUGGAGGAAACAAGAAAGAAUGCCGGGCUGCGAUGGAGAAAGCAGUGGCCAAAGUGGUGGACGGAGUGAUGCUGGUUGGCAGUGAAGAGACCUCUGCUGGCUGUAACCAAACCCAACUCUAUUGUCUUACUGUAAGAAAACCAGGAAGCAAAAAAUCCAACCCCCUCAAUCAUCAGUCUCAAUGUCUCAUGAUGGAAGUUUCAAGCCCCAGCGAAGACGGUCAGUUGAUUAAUCCCCCAAACCCCUCUUUCUUGUCUCAUUGGAGCUGCCUUUCCUUCAGACCACGGCAGUUCGGAAUUGGCGAUUGCAGCAGUGGUUCCAUUUGGGGGUUCUCUUCUUUCUCUCAGGUCUCAUCAAUUUUAUCCAAAAAAUCAAAGCUGCAGUUGUUACUUGUUAGGGAUUGUGCAAAAAAAAAAAAAUGAUUGCCAAGGUUUCAUUGGGCCGUGAGGGUUGCGGUGGU